CCUGGUGCAGGUGAAAAGCAGCCGAGGCAAACAACAACAGAGCAGGGGAGCUGUGGAGGAGACGACAUAACAUGAACAGCCUCUUCUCCAGAGACGUCCAGGUGAAGAGCAUGGAGCAGACAGUGAAACAUGCUGAGAAGCACCUGGGGAAGAUUUGCUCCCUGCUGGCUUCCUACACCAGGAAGACAGCCAAGCUCAGAGACAAGGCCGACCUGCUGGUGGCUCAGCUGUUUGACUUCUCCAGCACAGAGGACCCUGAGCUCCAGGUCGGCCUGAAAAACCUGGCUGAAGACUUGGCCAUGGUGCAGGACUACAGGCAGGCUCAGGUGGAGAGACUGGAGACAAGAGUCGUUGUUCCUCUAAAAGCCUAUGGAGACAUUGUCAAAAAUAAAAGGACAGAUCUGAAGAAUUUCAGCACUGAUCUGAACAGAGAGCUGAAGGAGCUGCAGAAACUGGAGAAACUUCGACUAAGGAACCCAGCAGAUCGACAGAGCAUUUCUCAGGCAGAGGUAAAUGCCCAGAAGGCUUCCAACAAUGCUCAACGCAGUUGCAGACAACUGGAGGAAACCAUCACAGACUUCCAGAGACAGAAACUGGAGGAUGUCAAAAUGAUUUUCACAGACUUCAUCACAGUGGAGAUGCUCUUCCAUGCUAAAGCACUGGAGGUCUAUACACACACAUACCACAACCUGGAGGCAAUGAACACUCAAAGGGAUCUGGAGCUGUUCAGUGGAAGGAUCAAGAUGUCUGACUCUCUGGCUGGGCGCCUGGAAACUCCUCUGAGCAGUCACUCUGCAUCCUUUACGAACCGCUACCCCAGUCCUCCUCUGGCCUCCCCCAAAGGACAAAGUUUCAGGUCAACACUUGCCUCCACCAGGAACCCUAACCUCAGACAACAACACAUCCAGUACCCAGACACAGCCAGGAGGUCUCGCAGCACCCUGCAACGCCAGAGAGGCAUAGAGGAGGAGGAAGAGCUGGAGGAAGAAGAAGAGGAUGAAGAAGAAGAUGAAGAGGAAGAGAUGUAUGAGUCAGAGAUAGAGGAGGGUCAGCGAACCAGCAGGCAGUCAUAUGCUGUUCAAUAUGCCCAGAUGCGCAGAUAAAAAUAAUAAAAGUAACAGAUCAUGGAGGGACACUAACAGCAAUCACAGACACAACUGCAAGCACACAGAAAGUGUAGAGGAAAACAUUGUGUUAUUAUGCUUCUAUUCUGAGAUGAAUUCUGAAAUGUACUAAUGAUGUUAAAAAAAUAAAAAUGAUGCUUUGUUCAUACAGUAUUUGAUAUAUAUAUUAUAUUUGCUUAUGGCCUGUGGAGGAGCGGAGUCAGCUACAGAAAUAGUAAAAUAAA